AGGAGGAAGCUGAGGGGAAGAAGAUAGAAGACUCGGUCCAAGCCAUGCAGCAUGACUAUAUGUGGGGUUAGAACACAGCAAUUCCUGGCUCCCAGCCCCGUGAUUAUGCCACUGAAAAUCGCCCUUCCCCAUACGUAAAGAUCCACUUUUGGACAGGAAUUGGAGAAGACAAUGGUUAUUUCUGUAUUGGGAAGACCUAAAGAAUUUCACCAGAUGAAAGGAAGACCAAAGGCUAGUAAAACAAAGAGUGGCCAUAUGACACAAAUGAGCAACCCAAGAAUAAGACAACAGAGGAUGGCAAGGCCUUUCCAUUUCAAAGUUUUCAGGAAGAAUUGAGGUUACCUUGAAUGCUGUGAAGUAAUAUGAACCCCAUCAUUCCUCUGAGGAAAUGUACAUGAAAAUGAAGCUACACCAUCAUAGUAUAACACAGCAGUGAUGUUUUAUGUGAACAGGCAGGAAGAGGCUGCAUGAGACUUUGUAAAGAGGUAAUACAUACCUGGGAGUUUGUAUCAGCAAUGCAAUGAAUCUCAAAGUGUCCUAAAAACAGCUUGGGGGAUGACCUGAGUAGAUUGGUCAGCAGAGAUGAUUUGGACAAUUUUUCACUAACGUGAUACACUGCGGGGAAUGAAAACAAACUUUUCUAGUCACUGAUGUACCAGAAUGAAAGCAUAUGCAAGCCAUUUACUCCAGGGUGCCAUUUGGUAUAGAGGUGGAAUGCACUUUUGGGAGUACCUGUUACAGCAAGAGCUGAAAUAUCGGAUACGUGGCAGCACAAAACUUUAAUCUGCAUUGUCAACACAGACUCAUUAAGUGGCCAUUCAAAUGGGUGGAAUAUGUUACAUAAAUUGGCAACAAGUUUCCAGUGGGUGAAGCAAUUAAGCUGGGAACCUGCAGAGCAUUAAAGUGAUGCACUUAAUGAAAGGUGGCAUCCUAUAUGCAGAACAUUACAUCUGAAAUUUUCCAGUAACUCCAAGGUUCUUACUUCAGAGGUGGCUCUGGGUGGAAGGAGUAGAUUCUCGAAUACUCCUGUGCCUAUAAAUUAACCAAAAAUGAAGGAGGACAGUUGUUUACAUGCUGCUCUUAUCUGCCUGGGCAUGCUAUAUUACAGCCAUGCCGUGUCUACAGAAAAACUUAACCAUUUAAGGCCGUCACUCCAUGGUCACCAUGAAAAAGGAAAAGAAGGGCAAGUUCUGCAUCGUUCAAAAAGAGGCUGGGUGUGGAAUCAGUUCUUUGUAAUAGAAGAGUACACAGGACCAGAUCCUGUACUAGUUGGCAAGCUUCAUUCAGAUAUCGAUUCUGGAGAUGGAAACAUUAAAUACAUUCUCUCAGGUGAAGGCGCAGGAAUCAUUUUUGUUAUUGAUGACAAAUCAGGGAACAUCCAUGCAACAAAGACACUGGACCGAGAAGAGAGAGCUCAGUAUAUUCUAACAGCACAAGCUGUAGACAGAAACACUAACAGACCUUUGGAACCACCCUCUGAAUUCAUUGUGAAAGUUCAAGAUAUAAAUGACAACCCACCUGAGUUCCUACACGAAAACUAUCAUGCGAAUGUGCCAGAGAGGUCCAACGUGGGUACAUCAGUUAUUCAGGUAACUGCUUCGGAUGCUGAUGAUCCUACCUAUGGGAACAGUGCCAAACUGGUUUACAGUAUUCUUGAAGGUCAGCCGUACUUCUCCGUGGAAGCACAAACAGGUAUUAUUAGAACUGCUCUUCCCAACAUGGACAGAGAAGCUAAGGAAGAAUAUCAUGUUGUAAUACAGGCAAAAGAUAUGGGAGGACACAUGGGAGGACUCUCAGGGACAACCAAAGUGACAAUUACACUUACUGAUGUCAAUGACAACCCACCAAAGUUCCCACAGAGUGUGUACCAGAUGUCAAUAUCAGAAGCAUCCAUACCAGGGGAAGAAGUAGGACGACUGAAGGCCAAAGAUCCAGAUAUUGGAGAAAAUGGCUUAGUGGCUUACAGCAUCAUUGAUGGAGAUGGUGUGGAGAUGUUUGAAAUUACAACAGAUUAUGAGACUCAGGAAGGUGUUGUAAAGCUUAAGAAGCUCCUAGAUUAUGAAACCAAAAAGUCCUACAGUCUGAAGGUAGAGGCAGCCAAUGUACAUAUUGAUCCUAAGUUCAUCAGCAAUGGACCAUUCAAGGAUACUGUAACUGUAAAGGUAGCAGUUGAGGAUGCUGAUGAGCCACCCAUAUUUUUAGCACCCAGUUAUAUUCUUGAAGUACAAGAGAACGCGGCAGCUGGUGCUGUUGUUGGGAGAGUACAUGCCAAAGACCCUGAUGCUGCAAAUAGUGCUAUAAGGUAUUCAAUUGAUCGUCACACUGACCUUGAAAGAUAUUUUAGUAUCAGUCCAGAAGAUGGUUACAUUAAGACCAUAAAAACUCUGGAUAGGGAAGAAAUUGCUUGGCAUAACAUCUCUGUCUUUGCAACUGAAGUCUACAACCGACAUCAGGAAGCCAAAGUUCCUGUAGCAAUUAAAGUCCUUGAUGUCAAUGACAAUGCUCCAAAAUUUGCAUCGACCUAUGAAGCGUUUAUUUGUGAAAAUGGUCAGAGCAACAAGGCAUUUAUUACAAUUACUGCUGAUGACAAGGAUGAUGCAGCCAAUGGACCAAGAUUUAUCUUCAGUUUACCACCUGAAAUUAUUCACAAUCCAAAUUUUACACUCACAGACAACAGAGAUAAUACAGCGGGUAUUUAUGUUAGACGCGGUGGCUUUAGUCGACAAAAGCAGGAUUUAUACCUUCUUCCUAUUGUAAUAAGCGAUGGUGGAAUCCCUCCAAUGAGCAGCACCAAUACCCUCACUAUUAGAGUCUGUGGCUGUGACAGCAAUGGUUCCAUGCUCUCUUGUAAUGCUGAAGCUUACAUCCUCAAUGCUGGACUUAGCACUGGAGCUUUAAUUGCCAUUCUCGCUUGCAUUGUGAUUUUAUUAGUCAUUGUAGUGUUAUUUGUAACACUGAAAAGGCAGAAGAAAGAACCUUUAAUUGUUUUUGAAGAAGAAGAUGUCAGAGAGAACAUUAUAACUUAUGAUGAUGAAGGUGGUGGAGAGGAAGACACUGAAGCCUUUGACAUUGCUACUUUGCAGAACCCUGAUGGCAUCAAUGGGUUUAUUCCUCGUAAAGACAUAAAACCCGAGUAUCAGUAUAUGCCAAGACCAGGGCUUCGGCCAGCUCCUAAUAGCGUUGAUGUUGAUGAUUUCAUCAACACAAGAAUACAAGAGGCUGAUAAUGAUCCAACGGCUCCUCCUUAUGACUCUAUUCAGAUCUAUGGCUACGAAGGAAGAGGCUCAGUGGCUGGUUCACUUAGCUCGUUAGAGUCGGCGACAACAGAUUCUGAUUUGGACUAUGACUAUCUACAAAACUGGGGACCUCGUUUUAAGAAACUAGCAGACUUGUAUGGUUCCAAAGACACUUUUGAUGAUGAUUCUUAACAAUAAAGUUACAAAUUUGGCCUUAAGAACUGUGUCUGAUGUUUUGAAGAAUCCAGAAGAAAUGUAAGCAGGUAUUUUUUUAAAAAUCAAGAAAAGGCUCAUUUAAACAUUUAAGUUUGACAGAGGAUUCCUUUAAUAAUAAUGAAAAGGACAUAAAAGUGGUAAAUACUGUGAAGUACCUUUUCUUACAAAAGGCAAAUAUAGAAGUUGGUUAUCAACUUCACUAGAGAAAAAAACCACUUGUGAAGUACAAAAUAUUUAAGGGAAGGAAAAUUCUAAAAGUGAACCUACAAAUGAGGGAAAUCUUUUAUGUAUUAUGAACAUCUAAAUCUUUUAUGUCAAAGAAGCUUCCACACAUUAGAAAAAAGAUAACAGUUCUGAGCUGUAAUUUCGCCUUAAACUAUGGACACUCAUAUAUGUAGUGCAUUUUUAAACUUGAAAUAUAUAAUAUUCAGCCAGCUUAAACCCAUAUGAUGUAUGUACAGUACAAUGUACAAUUAUAAUGUCUCUUGAGCAUCAAACUUGUUACUGCUGUUUCUUGUAAAUCUUUUUGCUUAUACUUUCAUCUUGAACUAAUACGUGCCAGAUAUAAAACUCUGUCUUGUUGCAGUGGGAGGCGCCCUAUUUCUAUGUCAUUUUUAAUGUAUCUAUUUGUACAAUUUUAAAGUUCUUAUUUUAGUAUACAUACAAAUAUCAGUAUUCUGACAUGUAAGAAAUGUUACAGCAUCACACUUAUAUUUUAUGAACAUUGUACUGUUGCUUUAAUAUGUGCUUCAAUAUAAGAAGCAGACUUUGAAAUAAAAUGAUUCUUUUUUU